AUGAGGAGGAUGCCUGGAGAGACCCUUCGAUUAUAUACCGAACGUUAUUGGGAAGUGUACAACCUCAUUCCCGACUGUGACCAAUGCGUCGCUGCUGAGUUUUUCAUGAACGUUCUUGAUCCUUCCUCAGCAAUAUUCCGUGAUCUUUCCCGAAAUCCUCCGAAGACCAUGGGGGAACUAAUGGUGAUCAUUGAAAAGGACUGCGUCCAUGAAGAGGCAAUUGCCGAGCGCCAUGCUCCGAAGGCUUCAGAAUCCGCAAAGGCGUCGGUCCAACAACCAUGGCAGCAAGAAAGACGGGAGCCACGGCUUAACGAGUAUGUGGCCAAGCGAACUGCAUUUACCGAGCCUAUUUAUAAGCUUUUAAGCAUCAUUGGUCAACUUCCAUUCUUCGUUUGGCCGACGGGAUUCAUGGGCACAGCUGGAAAUGGCCCUGGAAUGUGCACGUACCACAAAGAAUGUGGACACUAUACGACGCAAUACCAACCUUUCAAACAAUAUUUGGAGGAGCUGGCUGCAGCCGGGCAUCUCAAUCCUUGGAUCGAUACUCAAAAAAAUCCGCUUCCCCUUCCACCACCAAUCAUUGGAAAUAUUCGAAAGUGGGAAGAUCUGAGCCUUGAAGGUCCUAUAACUUUUUCCUCCGAAGAACUUCGCGGAAUACAGUUGCCUCAUACCGAUGCUCUUGUGGUCACCAUCGCUAUUGAUAAAUCUACUGUUCAGCGAGUGUUGGUUGACCAAGGAAGCUCGGUUGAAGUAAUGUUCUAUUUGACAUUCAAAAGCCUCGAACUCAUUCCUGAUCACCUUCGAACGGCAACCACUCUGUUCGUAAGCUUCAUCGGCGCUCCCGUUUGGCCACUCGGUUUGAUAUCACUUCCCGUGCGAGCCGGUUCUUGA